UGCAAUCAUUCUGAUAACGCGCAUGCCGUUCGUUACUGGAAAGUACUGGGCUCGCACCGUUAAAGAAAGGAAACGCAUCAAGGCAGAUGACGAUUAUCGUUGUGUGGCAGAAGGGGCACUCCAAAGGGUGUAAACUCUUCUUAGAGUGUAUGAGCGUCAGCUUUGAAGCGAGUUUGUAGGUUGCGCCGCCAAGCCCAUUUUCUUACUUUGUCUAAUGUCCUGCCUUAAUUAUUGAAAGCAAAAAAACACACAAACAAUUCCCCGCAUCAAACUUUCUGAGCCACUACUUUCUGAAGGCUCCUCAUAAAGCUAAAAGUUGCAGUACAUCUUUAUCUUGCCGCCCGCGUCAGCGAUUGCUCCCUCCUGGUGGCAGAAAUUGAUCUCGAAGGCUAUGCUUUCUCUGGCUGCAUAAACGCCACAUUUUGAACGUCUAAAUUAGGCUAGCAUAAAUCCACGCUGCAGAUGGGAUGUGUAGCUAUGGCGUCUAUCUAAUAGAAUUUUUUUUUUUUUUACUUACACUGGCUAGUCAAGUGAAGGUAGCGCAGGAAGUUGCAAACCAAUGGCGCUAUUUUGUCUGCGACUGUCCGCGCUGAUAAGGCCACGAUAUUGAACAUUCGCUGCAGGGACGGGCAGCCAAGUGCUGGCGUGACCGCGUGUCGCCGCCGCUCACAGAGGAAGUUGAGGUAAUCCUCCUAGAAGACAAAAUUAUCUUACCCUCAGAUGGUGCCGGCCAUUUCAGACUCCGUGCACCGCGCAUUCGCAAUGUAAUUAGCUGCAGUUUAUCUAGAUUUGUUGCUGAAAGAAACCAGCGUUUAUGUGGAGUCCAAAUUUCGACGUCUAUGACGUUUCCGGCAGCUCAACUCGCUUCUGCCGCAUUGGACCAGCAAAAGCCAUGGAGUUAAUAUAACCAACACAAUGGCAAAAGCAUAGCCUUUGAGAUCCGCAUUUUAAAUUUAGAGGGCGCCACCUUAGGAGGCGUGUAUUUGGCCACCUCCUAUUGCCACAAUCCAGUGCAAAAACAAUAUCCGCUUCCGCUUUUUUUUUUUUUUUACGCGACCUCUCGCGGCCAGUGCGACAAGUUUUCUUCGAGUCAAAAUGGCGGCUGGAUGUUGUGAGAAGUUAUAGCUGCUCUAAAUGUUUCUCGGAUUCCAUGCUCUUCAGCAGCAGCAGCAGCGUGGUCCCUGUGCAGGGAGGGUGUCCCCAUGUACCAGUGCCUGAAAUUUGUGGACCGAUUCAUCCGCAAGGACCACAAGCCCGGACUGGGCUCAGCCGGCGGCUCAGGUGGACCAGCAGGUGCGGGGCAGGUGUACCACGAGCGCCAGGUGAAGGAGCUGUGCGCCCUGCAUGCGCUCAACAACCUGUUCCAGGACGGUCAGGCAUUCACCAAGGGCUCGCUCGACGACAUCUGCCACAGGUUCCUGUCACCCGACCACCUCGUCAACCCGCACAAGAGCAUGCUAGGCCUAGGAAACUACGAUGUCAACGUCAUAAUGUCCGCCCUGCAGCUACGCGGAUACGAGGCCAUCUGGUUCGACAAGCGCAAGGAUCCGUCAUGCAUUGACCUCAACAAAAUUGUGGGCUUCAUCCUGAACGUGCCGAGCGAGAUGAAGUUCGGCUUCCUCCAGUUUCCCCUCAGCCGGAAGCACUGGAUUGCCGUGCGCGAGAUCAACGGCACUUUCUACAACCUCGACUCGAAGCUUGAGGCACCAAUCCCCAUUGGCAAGUCUCAGGAGCUGCUCCUGUACCUGCGGGAGCAGAUCAAGUGCAAGGAUCGAGAGAUCUUCAUCGUGGUCACGCAAGACAUUGGCAGGGUCAAGGGCUGCUACAUCGAGACGUCAAAGCCGACGCCUCCGCGGCAGCCAUCGCAGCAGAGCAUGGCACCACGUGAACACACGUCGCGGACGAACUUGCGGUAGAAGUGAUGUUGCCUACCGAGUAUAGUGCGGCGGGACCCAAGUGUGCCCAACAGAAAUCGUCUGGACCCGGAAGGCAGGACAAGACGGGAAGGGGAAAAAAAGGAGAACUCAGGACUGCUAUCUCCCAUCCGCGGGAUCUCUACAUUCUGCUGGACAUGGCUAUGCCAUGUCGUCUGCCACCAGCAUCCAGUGAUGUCCGCCCCAGUGCGCCGUCUGCUAGCACGGUGCAAGUCACCGCGUGCUAGGUGGUGAACUGUUGCCUGCCAGCCAUGAAAAAGAGGCCCCCGCAUUGCUGAAGUGAGCUUCUUCAUCCGGUGUUCUUGUUCAUCGCCUAAGCAGAUGCGACUUGUUGUCUGCUUUUUAUAUGCGCAAGGGUGCGAGCAGCUCUUUCACAUGUCCUACACUUAACGUGCCUGCCCAGUGAAACUGUCUGUGCUUUUGCCUUGCUUACUUUCUGUACCGACGGCACAGUGGCAACCGAGAUUGUUUUUGGAGUUUGAAGUAGUCGCCCACUGAUGAACGAUGAUAAAUUUCCUGGCCAGUGCUUAAUUCUGCGCCCUCCGCACAGCCAUAGCACGUGCAAAGGCGCCGAUCAAAUGAACAAGAAGCUUGAGCAGUGCCUGUGUGCGUGAACAGCAACGAAUCUCUUGUCAGUUAGGCCUAACUUGUCUCCGGCGGCUAGAGUCAAAAGCAUCGCUGAAGCUGCGUUGUUUUGUUGAUUGGGUCUGAGUGAUCUAGUGCUCGCAAAUUCUAUGAGCAUAAUAGUCGUACGAAUGGCUGGCUGGGACUUUUUGAUGUUAUGGAGUAAGCUCGAUGCAGAAGGAUGCCCAGGGUGUUUUCGCACAGAUGUUACACACGCAUCAGGGAACCUCUUAACACUUCAUUGUGCCAUCAACGGUGUCAUCUGUUUUGUUUCUCCUUUUUGUGGUCUGUUUUAUUUCUUAACCAGCAUCGUUCACUGCUAACAUGAGAGAUAUGGAAUCAAUAUUUAAAACUGCCUUUUUGUCUUAUCCAAUGUGUUCGGGAGGCCAGCCUCGUCACAAUUAUAAAGCCCAAGGGGCUUUCGACGCUGCCACAUUCUGAGAUGAGUGCAUUGCAUAAAGGGAUCCCGUGUCUUGAUUCGCGUUGCUCUAACCAGUCAUUCACAUAGUCGCUGUGAAAAAGAAACCCGGGCACGUUCGUAAUGCCCGAAGUUGCACUGUCUCGGCGUUGAGUCCCAAUGUUAUGACGAGAACAAAAUAUAUGUAAAUAACAGGGCCAUAUGGGAAUGUUAAGGUUUUUGGAAAUGAGCACCGGUUUUUCCUCUUGUACAUACACUUUGGCUUUUGGAAGCUCUAUAAACCAAAAUCAAGUUUGGUGUUAAGCCUUAGCCUUGACAGCAGCACAGCCUUCGCCUUCGUGCAUGUCUGCAAAUAAGCUUCUCUGGGAGCCGUACCGGUGUGCGAACACUUUCGUUAUGGCGAGCAUUAUUACUUGUAAUGCCGUUUGAGUGGUUUUGUCAAUGGAGACACGAAAUUAGUGGGAAAUGGAAAGGUCUUACGUAUCGCAGCCCAUUCAUUUGCCCCGACAAAAUAAAGCGGGAGACGCAUUGUGCAGUCCAGUGUCCGAUACGACGUACUGCAGGUUUUACACAUAGCUACUCGACUAUUGGAACUUAUCAGAUGGUUGUCGGAUGGGGCUGUUGGUACGGCAGGUCGUAUGUCGGCUCGCAUGCUGAAUCGUAAUCGUGCACCUCGUUAUGCAGCUUUGUGUGCCAUAGUGAUAGAAGUGAUGCAGUGAUUACGCAGGCGGGGUCAGCCACUGGCAGUUGACCACCAGUUAGCUGUUUUCAUUUGAUGGAGCAAGAAGCUGCACUCCUGGCAACCUUGAAUACUCUUUCACUAACAAAACACGGCCACUGGCCCUUCUUAUUUUUUUCCCGGUAAUUACAGCAGUGUGGUGCUUUGUGUCACAUGCUCGAUUCUCUUACUUUACAGGGGGCAUUUCACAGUACAGGAAUAACUUUUCUUAUCAUAUUUCCCUGUCCCUUAUUUCUUUUUCUACAAUAUAAGAUGGUAAGAACUUUGUCUUCUUUCGGAUGCCGAAGCCUGGCAGCAGUAAAAUUGCCAUAAAUUGUGAGAAUUAUAAUUCGCAGAAUGAAAAUGAUAGCGACAGCCUCGAUCUUGCAUGUAGCCUGUACAUGUAAUGUUUGGCGUUUUGCCGAUACGACUAGCAUCGACCAAAGCACCUGUUACAUUGUCAAUUUGUUCCCAACUCCACGAGAAAAACUGCAAUUCAUUAUUCCUAGGAGCCCACCUAGACAAGAUCAUGCCACUCCUUUAUUUUACAUUUUUUUAUUUAUUCACAUAUGUUUCUUCCUUUUGCAUGCAACGUGUUGCACUCAUCUGCAACACAAGUGUUGGCGAGCUUCUGUAUAACCACUUUAGGCUACCCCCAUAAAAUUAUCUUGUGUAUAACCCCUUCACACACUUCAGGCUACCCCAUAAAAUUAUCUUCUGUAUAACCCCUUCAGGCACUUUGGGCUACCCCCAUAAAAUUAUCUUUUGUAUAACCCCUUCAGGCUACCCCCGUAAAAUUAUCUUCUGUAUAACCCCUUCAGGCACUUCAGGUUACUCCCAUAAAAUUAUCUUCUGUAUAACCCCUUCAGGCACUUAAGAUAAACAGCCUAGAAAAUUAUCAUUCUUUUCAGGAGGAACUCUGUUGAGCAUCUAGCAAACCCUGAAAAAUAUACAUAUCUUGUUUGUUGCGUGCACAAUUGUGCACACCGCACCUUAACGCCUACACUUAUGUAGUAGCUUCUCUAAGGAACAGAAAAAAAUCAUUUGCACACUUUGGCUGCACUAAUCAACUUGUAAUGCCAAUGUUUCGGUGCUGUAGAGCUUUCGUUCAUUAUUUCCUUGCGUACAACUCGUAGAAGCAGUCCUUCAUUGCAUUCAGGCACAUAAAGAGGUCGCAGUUUCGGCACCGGAUCUGGGACCUUGAAUCGCAGCUGGGGUACCGGAACCUCUGAGAAAACUUUGAGAAGAGGUCGUCCUCUUCUGGGGCGCUCAGUGCUGCUGCUUCCAGUCAAGCUGUGGCCAAAACGUCCUUCACUUCCUUCUUGGGCGAUUUCUCAGCAUUUGCAUCACGAAUGUACUCAACCCAGCUGUUACAAACAGUGAAGCCGAUGAAGUAGGGAAUGACCUUAACCGGCCACUUUCUUGUCCUGGUGUACAGAGGGUAGAGAGACAUUAAAAAAAAUCAAGCUUAUCCACGCCGCCUGUGAAAUCUUUUUAAGCGGCAAUCGCUUCCGGGCAAUCAAUCUCAAUGUUCUGUUUGAGCGACUCGCUCCAUCGUUUUACUUUCUUGGUCUUUCCGACGGCAACAAUUGUGGAGACCAUAUUGACGGGGCCAUUGUCGUGCCAACUAACGAUGACGACAUCUUUGUCCUCCGUCACUCUGUAGUCAGGGGCUCUGCGGCCUUUCUUCCUGAGCUCCUGGUCACUCUUAAGUGGACGGUCAAGUAGUUGGUUGGAUCGAAUUGUCCCAGAUGCCAAAAUACCAAGAAGUUUCUACUCGCAGAAGAGAGCUGCGGACGAAAAGUAGUUGUCCUUGUAGCACCUAGUAUUGAGCCCAUGGGGAAGACGCUCCACUAGGCGCAUCACUACGGAACCAGCAAGCACGCAAAUUGUAAUGAUCAACACUCACUGCAGUGCCCUUGCCUCGAUAUAGCUUGAAAUCGUGUGCCACACCAUCAACACUGCAGCAAACAAAAACCUUUAUGCCCUCGAAGUUUGGCUUGUUUCUGACAAACUGUUUGGCAAUGACCCUUCCGGUGAACUUGAUCGUCUGUUCGUCAGUGCCGUUGUUCGGAAAAAGCUCAAGCUCGAGACACCGCCUUCUCGUUGCAUCGUCAAUGAGCGCAAUGUUCCAAAACCUGUUCAUUGUGGGAUUGAUCAGUUAGUUACGGGCAGCAUUUCCCUAGCUUGAAACACAUUUUUGAGGACAUUACAUCAGCGGUAGAGGGAAUUCCGGUCCUCUACUGCCAGUACAUUCGUACCCGAGACACUUUGGUGAUUGCCAGGAGAAACAUGAUGCCGAAAAACACCUUAAUUUCCUGAGGUGUGGCUCCAGCUCAAUUCCAUCUGUUUGCAGCAAGUAGACAUUCGUGAAAUGCGCGAGCUCAGAGAAGAUCAUAUCUGGGAAUCACCUGACGAAAUACUCCCAGCGGCUCAAGUGGUGUCGACCUUUCUGGAGAGGUGAGGCAGCAAUCUGUUGCAAUUGGCUUAAAGUUCUCCUUAAGCCGUUUCACGUGGGUUUUCUUUUUUUCUUGUCGGUUGCGGCUCAAUCUCCUCUUCCUCGUCACUACUGCUGAUGGAGUGGUUCAGAUUUUCAUUCGUAGUUGGCAGAGGCGAAAUUAAAAGAAUCUAAAAAUAAAACCAGAAGCAAUCUCUCGAUUAGUUGGAGAAAUUAUUAAAGUAAAACUUAAGGCUGCGUCAAGUGUUUCAUCGACUUCAUCGUCGGAAAAGUCUUUCAGAAACAUUCCCGUUCGCAGUUCUCUUCAACAAUGCUUCAGCUGACUAGGUAGACAUUCCGAGUCUGCGAUUAGAAUAAUCGUAAAGUUCUGUAAAGUUAACGAAAAAUGUAUGAUGCUGCCCAAAGCACUAGGUAGGCAUUGGACUGAACAGUGCAGCAGAAUUGGAACGGCCUGAGGCGCCAUGCUCAUAAUUGUGCAUGCUUGUCCUGAAGUUAUUUCAAACAAAUUUUGCACAAAAAGGAAGCCUAGACCUUAUCUUUCCGCAUCACAUAAUUUUCAUUUGUAUACAAAGCCCAAUUCGUUGCGCCAAUUGAAGAAAAAGAUGGGAACUCACUUAAGCGCCGUCCCAUAAAAUGACAAGGCAUCCAUCUUGACUCUCUUGUUGUUCUUGGGUUUGCUGCUCCUAAAAGCAGGUGGCACUAACUGUCGACACGGAAAGCAUAUUUAAAUGUGCACGCGGUGAUUCUGCCCAGUAGCAGCAAAGCGAAGCAGGACUUUCAAAUUUUGCCUACACAUUAUGGUGCUGCCAUCUGUGAUGAAUGCUUGGAAGUGAGAGGGGAUAGGGUGCGAGCCAAAUGUAUCUGAAACACUGACAAAACAAGCGUAUAAUGAUAACGAAUGACCUGCACUCAUUCAAAACAGCUGCAUGUAAGACAGCACGAAUGUGGCAAGCCCGUCCAGAGCACAAGAGUAGGCUAAUGAGCCAGAGCUUCUCAUUAAAAAUUUUUUUUGAAGUUUUCGUGGCACUGCCUCUACUUCAAUGUUGCCUUUGACACUAAUUUCUUUCUUGACACUCUGAGCACAUGCGUAUUGGUCGUAACCAGAAUUUUGUGAAACAAGGCGGGUGCCAUUGUGUUGGUCUUAAAGGCUGAUGCCACCAGAAGUCGGUAAUCCCUGGCGACUAUCCAGAAGUGCAAGCUGGAAGUUUAGUGCAGACCCAGUCAAGUGCUCAAUUGUGAUGCAAUAGAAGCCUGGCGUAACGAAAACGAAUAUAACUAAUUAUUGAAUAUAUAUAACCAAGUAAAUUUUAAAUUUCUCACCAAUAUUAGAGUUAACGAAUAUAUGCUUGUAAUGAAUAUCAGAUAUAACGAAGGUAUUUUUAUGUCAGAUGCAACUUGAUUAUGCUCGACUGUACUACAUGUAUAAAGCCUGCCACAUUUGAAGGCGAAGGCCCUUUUCUAGCUUCUGGGAUAUUUUGUCAACAACGUGCACUUGACCGAUUACUGUGCAGUCUGUAUUUACUGCCACUUUGCCUUGGUUGUGUGACCCUGAUUAUAUUUUUAUUGUAUUCUGCCGUUAUUUAUUUCUUUCAGGGUUAUCGUUGACAGUGAGUGCUUUUUAUAAUGUUGAGGUACUUUGCAGAGAGCUUGAAGUUUACCACAGUAAGUGCGUGGGCCUGAGCUAACUAGUUCACGUCAGACAGCUUUGUGAGCCAUCUGGAGAAGGACACUCGAUGCAAGUAUUAAGUCAGUCUGAUGUGAUAGAUUGGUGGGCCAAGGUGUGUCCACAUUGUGUAACUUUUGCACGAGAACAGGGCUUUCGUAAGUGCGAAAACAACUGGGAUGUUAAAUGUGAUUAGUACAGCCAUUGUCACGCCAGCUUCCAUGCCAUAACACGUCUCGUUUGUAAUCGACAGACUGUAGUCAGUCAGCCUCAACGCUCUAAGAUGGAGUUAAUGUUGGGCAUAGAAGUGGCAAAAGGGGACAAGGCUUGUUGAUUUGCGAGUGCGGGGAUCGCUGAAAUGGUGCAAGACAUUUGUCACCUUGUGCGGCACUGCAAAUUUAGCAACUGUGUGACCAGUGGGCCAUGAAUCGAUUGCAUUUUAGACCACUGCUCUACUGAAUUUUUCUAAAACCCGUAAUGAUUUGCGACAAUUGGUUCUGUUUCGAGAAUUCCUUGUGCUGCAGUGAAUUUUCUAAACUGAUUUCCAACGAGAUUGGCAUGUUUUCGCACUUGCAGACCUGCGUGGUAGCCAAGUUGCCUAGGAAUAAGUAUAUGCCAUAAAUUGUUGAAAACUGCACUUUUUAAAGGUGAACAGUAAUUACUCAACUAAAAUCUUCCUAAAACCACUAUAAGUUGCAAGGGCGAAUCGAGCGUUUUGGUGAAAGAGCCAGCACAGUGCUACCAAGAAGUAAAGGAUAACUCAUUUCUUUUUGCUAUUUUUGUGUGUGUGUCUGUGUUAAGGCUCAUCUACAGGUGACAAAGGAAUUAACACCAAUACUGCAAACACAUGUUCGCGCUUGUUUCAGCUAACACUUGAUCACUGCUGUGAGGAGUCGGAGGAAUAUUUCAGAUUUUUUGCAUUGCUCCGAGCGUCACAUCCACGGCCAUCCCCCCCUCUUUCUGAUGUGUAAAUAUAUUUAGCCACAACGCGUGUACAGAAAAAAAAUCUUGUAUGUGACAGAUGUUUUAGAGUAUUUUGCCUAAUCGAGGCUCUUCUCCUGUCGGCCUGCUUGCGAUAUUGAUUUAGCUGUAAGUGGCCAUUUCGUGCUGUUGGCCAGUGGCAUAGGCUGCUCUGAUGAUGCAAGGACCUGCCGUGUGCAAUAGAUAAAUGAGGGCAUUGCAAAGAGUAACGGCAAAUACCUAUGGUGCUUGUACGGAGUUCACUCUUGCAAAUACUUUUUUUUCACAGGAUCAACCGUUCCAUUUCUUUUUCCAGGCAACUCCACAUAAUGGUACGCAAAAUUCUAUGUUCCAUCGCAAAAAAAAGGGCUUUUUUCACUGUGCUUUGAACCAGAAAUGGCCCGGUUGUCGGACAUCUUCAGCAGUUUCAAAUCUUUGUCCCCUUCGCGUUCGCCCAUAUUUAAAUGCGGUUGCACGCUCAUACUUUCGCUGAUGUAGGACAGGUGUAACCGGAGGUCUCUGGCAGAGGCCUCACGCACCCCAAACACAAAAGUCUGGUCAGUUAUCCAUUGUUUUUGAUAGCGCAAGGUCUUUCCAAUUACGUGCAUCCUGCCACCUGUUGCGUUGCACCAACGCACUUUCAACAGGCAUGCCUUAUCCAUCCAUGCCUGCAAGUUUCAAAUGCCUGGCAUUUUUAGUUCACAAUACAGAUACCAUAGUUUGCCGUUACUCCUUGACUGGCUCUCGUGGGCGGUCAAUUGUCAUUAAGGUCCAUUUAGGCAAAGUGAAAUUAUACGCAAGAAGGUUUCUCCAUGUCUCCUGCUGUUUUGUACAAAAACGUUUUGGUGAUUUUAUAAACUUUCUGGUGCAUGGUGCGAAUAGUUCUUCAGAUAAAUGCUAAGCAGGAAAAGAUAUGGGCCUGUGUUGCACUGCUAUGACCACUGCAGCUUGUGACUCUGUAUAUAAGCGUGUGACAGUGGUGUCGGCACUCUUUAAAGGUGGUUCCUCCUGUGUUUGUGACCUACCGCCAGCACGUGUAAACUGCGCACAGUUCGCCUUCAGUGACUGAAAAACAUGGUUCGACAUGUUACAUGCUUUGCAUUGUGUUUUACUCUGCUGGUGAUUGUGACUGAUCUGAAGUUUUGUCUGCAGUGAAAUGAGAUGGCAAUUUUGGUUGACUUCCAUGAUUUCAAAUUAUGCUAGCACGAAAUAAAUUGACAGUAAACGGAAGUACACACGCUUGCAACGAACUGCAAGUUUUAUUGACUGGUGUGUAAAGAUUUGUGGCCUGUCCAUUAAGGCUCCACUUGGUAGCUGGCGCAGCUGUGCAUGUAUGUCAAUUCUCUUUUUUCUUUUUUAUCCUCUGUGCUGCUUUGAAUUUAUGAGGCUGUAUUAGAUUAACGUACCACCCAAGCAUGAAGAGAGUUUUCGUUAAAGAGAAGGGUCUUAACAGUAUAUUUGAGUCUGUAAGAUAUGCAUUAAAGGGGAGUUGAAACACACAAAAAAGAUCGUUUAAGCAAAUGGAAGCUGCUUCAUACUGAUUUUCGUUUUUCUAACAUAUUGUAGAGUGAGAUUUUUGGGUUGAUGGCGUUUGCUUGCAUAAAACUGCCAGUUCUUUCUGUUCUCUCCCAAGAAUUUCUCCCUAUUUUCUUAUCACUCUUGCAGCUCAUAGCCCCGAGGAAAGUUCCGUCUUGUUAGUCAGAAAUUUUUGUAAUGCUCAGCACUAGCGGUUUUGCAUAGAUAUCCAAGCAUGCUACUUUCUUUUUGACGAUAAGUCGGGGAGUGCAGAUUCUAUUUAUUAAAUGGCUUGCAACAUAAGUUUGCUGUCUGCACACUCAGAUUCCCACAUGUCCUACUGAAAUUUUAGGCAUUGCCGAAUAGCCUGCAUAGCAUCUUGUUAGUCCUAGCUUGGAGCUCGGCAAUGUUGCAAAUGAUAUCCAUGAUUAGUGAUUUAAGGAUAGGUCUUAGCUGCAUGUUUUUUUGUUUUUUUUCCUGGAGUUCUACAGCUUCACUCACCAUCCUGAAAGGUUUAACCACUAGUAACGGUAAUGGGUGUACACCAUGUCUGCAUUCGUUUGAAUCCAGAAGGUAUUCUAACACCGAAGAUAUUCUAAUACCGAAAUUUGACGUUGUCGUGUUCUCAUGGAAGAGUUUUCUUUAAUUGCGACCCUGUGAAAAAUCAUGGCUGUAGGCAAAGUCCAUGUCGAAAGUAAGAGAGCCACCACAUGCGUGGUUGUAGUCGACUUCUGUGCCACUACUGCAAUAGUCGUGGGACAGUAUGGCAUAAUGUUCUUUGGUUAACUCUGCCUUACCACCUGGUGUUCAGAUGGCCCGAUUAUCAUGAUUAUGUAGGUGAAGGUGGUGUGCUAGUCCAGCCCUUGGUGGAGAAUAAAAAAAAGUUUAAUUGGUAUAGAAUUGUUGCUUUCUGGUGUUUAAAAGCUGUGGGAGCUGAAGGCCAGUGUUUGCCUCCCCUAAGUUUUCCAAGCUUUCAAGCAAUGCUUGAAAGCUUUAAAGCAGUGGGAGACCCCACAGCUUGUGUUGACCUGCAGUCACGUGUAGUAGUCUAAUUACCUUUGACAAGGGCUGUACUUUGGGAAAUGAUCGUGGCAAAGCGGAGGAACCUUUCUCACUGUCACUGGCUGAAAGUUGUUGCAGCGAGACAAAGCCCGCAUACAUUGUUCCUUCCACAUGAAUGACUUGUCCCACGAUGAAGCAUUGCAGUCGAGAGAGCCUGUCUGUCGAAGUGCACGCGAAUUGAGCAUUAUUCUUGACCUUUGCACUGUUUGGCACUGUCUUGCCAAAGUGAAAAGGUCUUUGAAGACUGGGAACUGACCAAGCUGACGUUUUACUCUUGAAAAGAUCUACUCACUGUAUAGGAGAAAACUAUCGGCCACUUCUCCAUUAAAAUGCUUUCUCUUUUUCUCUUCGCA